AUGUCUGGAUUGCUGGGCUGUGAAUUCUUGGACGUUUUCCACUUCCUCCCUCAGCCACCUAAGCACCCAACCACCGACAAGGACACUGUACCUUUAUCGGCCGCCGCCAGUGUCACCCCGUUGAAUGCAGUGAUCAAAACGGACCCCAAGGUUCUGGAGGAGAAACAACAAGCCCGGGCUGAGACCGUGCAGAAACAAAAAGCAAAACAGGCGACUAAGGAAGCAGAGAAACUCCAAAAAAAGGCAGCAAAACUCGAACAGAAAUAUGUGGAAACAAAAGAGAAAGAAAAAGAGACCCAGCAGGAUGACGAGACCUCCUUUUUGAUGAUGAAGCCGUCAUCCCUGGCAACAUCCUUCAUCAACACACUCAAUGACCACAAUGUUGACCCCAGUGAUCAGGAUGAGGCACACCGCAGUGAGGGAAGCUGGCGGGAACAUGACCGCAAGACGAGGAAGAAAAGUGCGACUAGUCGCGGACAGGAUGGUUGGCCUUGGGGAAAUGGGUCCGGAAUCUUGGAAGGCGGUUGGGUGAACUGGAUCGAGGAUGAUGAUGAGACCGAGGCUUUGUCCAAGAAGUCGGCAGCUGGGUCUCCGGCCAAGGGCGUGUCUGAAGAGGAAAUAAGUGUUGAUGAGCUUCCAGGAGUAUAUUCCGAGUUGUCGGAUGAGGGUCAGAAACUGGUUCAGGCGCAGAUGAAGAAUAUGAAACACGUUGCCAAGAUUUGCUGUGGAGCUACCCUCAUGGUACUCACCGGCAUUCGGCUUUACUUCUUAUGGACCACACUCUCCUGGGCCCUGAACAAGUGCAUCUCCUUCGACGUCCUCGAGGACGCACCAGACCAGUUCGACGCCCUCAUGGACGCAGCAGACAACGGCAACAUCGGCGCUGCAGACCUGCAACUAGACAUAGAAGAUAACACCCCUCUCAAUGCCGCCCCAUCCCUCUAA